AUGGACGUUCAUGUCCCGCGGAAGAGAGGCCGACCCAAGAAGUACUUUACUGUAGAAGAACGAAGAGAGGCGACUCGGGCGUCUGCAAAGAAGAGUUUCCAGAAGAAGAAGGAGCAGGAACGUCUCGCUGCAAACGGGUCAAAAGAUUCAUCACAUAGUACCCCCACUGCCUCCAACAAAUCCCAUUCGAUGAUACGCCCUCCGAGAGAGGAACCCAGAGCGGGCGUUCCUUCCACAUUGCAUUCUUCACUCGAGAAAGGAGACUCAUCCUACCCUUCAGACAACCUUCGGACGGUAGACGGGAUACUAUCAUCGUGCGAAGUGGAGAUCCUUGCAGCAGAACUAAAAAGGAACCCAAAACGACAUCAAGACCUGCGCCAAGACACUUUCAACAACCGUAAAGGUGAGAAGGAAGCGCAUGCGGAACGUCGGACACAUGGGGAUAGUGAUGAGCAUUCGCACCAGCCAGAGACAAGAAGCCUCGACACUGUGCGCGAACUUGAGAUCCUCGCGAAGAAGAUCAAACGAAAACCCGAAAGGUAUCGUCGCAUACUCGAGGAAAAUUUGCAGCGUGACCCGGGUCAAUAUCGAGACGUGCUAGAUGACAUACGCGCCCGCCAAGCCCUGAGAGAAGCAGAGGCACCAGAGAGAGCUCGGGCUUUGAUGGAGCAAUGGGAGGAGGGCCAGCGUGCUCGAACAGAAGGGAAGGCCUGGCAGGAGGUGAGUUAUGGUCAAUGGGCGACUAGAGGUGCCGAGACGGCACAGGAACAUGUUCUGAGACAGGCCGAAGCCAGGAGGGCAGAAGAGCGCGCCAGACAAUUAGUGAAAGCACACGAAGACUCGAGGAAAGCUAAGCAAGAACGACUACGAAAGGCGGCACCAGAAGAAGUACGGCAAAAUAAAAGAGCACUCGAGCAGGUACAGGAUCUAUCCGAACGACCUGAAGACGACUUUGACCGCCACGUACGCUGUAUCUCUGAUUGGCUCCAGGCCACAUCCUACGGACAGCACCACACGUUUCCAACCAAUGGCCAAGCAAUCUUCAUCAACAAAAUCAAACCACGUAUCCACCAGAUCGAACGAAGUGCCAUGAGCAAUAUAGCCUCCUUUGCUAUACAGUAUGUCGCACUGAUGGCUCUGACGCACAUAAUACGCCUCAUAUACGUUCACAGAGUCGGCAAGAUUGGUGCAGAGGUUCUGCGGUACUACGAAGCUGGCGCCAAAUUGAACGGUGUCGAUCAGCUUACGUCGGCCAUGUUAGAGAUUAUUGAGAAGAAGGUGCACCACGAAGACAAGGCCUGGUUGAAGACGCACCAAGGAGCUGCAGGUGUUUUGAUGCGAGAGAUGCUAGAGGUCUGGCCCAUGGUGUGCUCCUACGGCCCGGUGCAAGUUCAGCAGAAUCUGGGAGGCGUACUCUGGAGGGGGUUCGGAUAUCGGCCUGUUCCGAGCUUCCGCUAG